ACCGAUUACUUUCGAAUUGGUGUCAUUCAAGACGAAGCCGGAGCAGAGCUCUGUGGUGCGCUUAAAAACAUUGUAGCUGUUGGCUCAGGAAUUACAGAUGGACUGGGCUACGGAGACAACACGAAAGCUGCAAUCAUCCGACUUGGUUUCAUGGAGAUGAGGAAUUUCAUUUUCCGCUUCUUUCCCGAUCGAAGUAAGCUAGAUUUUAGAACCUGA